AUGGCUGAGGAUAACACGAAAACCACAGGAGCAACAGGCCACAGGAAAAGGGGCCACAAGUACAGUGAAAAACAGACAGCUGGGGAAAGGUCUUAUCAGUGUGCCACAUGUGGGAAAGGCUUUGCAAAGAAAAGUCACCUCAUCACCCAUCAGAGAAUCCAUACUGGAGAAACGCCUUACCAGUGUGCUACAUGUGGCAAAGGCUUUAAACAGAAAGGUAAUCUCACCCUUCAUCAGAGAAUCCAUACUGCAGAAAGGCCGUAUGAGUGUGCGACAUGUGGAAAAGGCUUCAUACAUAAAAGUCACCUCACUAGCCAUCAAAGAACCCAUACUGGAGAGAGGCCUUACUGUUGUGCCACAUGUGGAAAAGGCUUUGCCUGGAAAAAUGUUUUCACUACCCAUCAGAGAAUGCACACUGGAGAAAGGCUGUACCACUGUACAACAUGUGGAAAAGGCUUUGUACAGAAAAAUGUUCUCAUUUACCAUCAAAGAACCCAUACUGGUGAAAGACCUUACUGCUGUGCCACAUGUGGAAAAGGCUUUGCACAAAGAAGUCACCUCACUAGCCAUCAGAAAACCCAUACUGGAGAAAGGCCUCAUCAGUGUGCCACAUGUGGAAAAGGCUUUGCACAAAGAAGACACCUCACUAGCCAUCAGAAAACCCAUACUGGAGAAAGGCCUCAUCAGUGUGCCACAUGUGGAAAAGGCUUCAGAUACAAAGGUGGUCUCAUUUACCAUUAUAGAACCCAUACUGGGGAAAAGCCUUACCAGUGCACUACAUGUGGAAAAGGCUUUGCACGUAAAGAUCACCUCAACAGGCAUCAGAAAAUCCACAUCGACUACAACAAACAUCGUUGCACAAGACCCAUAUUACUCUGAAGAACUGUGACAGAACAUCUGCAUGUUGAGACUGUGGAACAGUAACAGAACAUCUGCAUGUUGUAUGGGAGCCAUGGUUAUUUUAAAAUUCAGAUGGCAGCACGGACGGUAUAAAACCACAUAUUUCUAGAGACAUGCACAAUAUCAUUUCAAUUUUUAGUGUUGUUUUCUCAUUUAUGGGUAGAUGACGUGACGUGUAAAUUUUGCUGUCGCAGGCUCUUAAAAUUAAGUAAAUUCAUGCUUUCAAAAUUGUCAAUGCUUUAAAUGAUUAAACUAAUGUCGUUGUUGUGAAAAAGUAAUGUGUAAUAACUCCAGAGCUUAAAUAAGUAUACUUAAUUUUGAGUCAAAUGUCACAUUUGUCCUAUGGUGUGACUGA